GUUUCUUUUACGCAAAACUGUCGAGCCGUGUACUACCUUCCUUUUCGGGAUCAUCGCUUUUUUUCUGUGUAAGUACGACUCCCUGAUACAAUAAUUCCUCGUGUUCCUCAAUGUGCCCACGAGUCUUGAUAAUUAUCGAUCAUUUGCUCUAUUCAUUCGUUGCGUCCUUUGUGAGGAUGGCCACCACCACAAUGAAAGCGAAUCGGUCUGCUCUGGUGACGAGAACUCGACCGAUGCCUUCUGCGAUAGCCACUACACCGUUGCUCCCGCAACAACCGGGAACAGCGACUUCACGCUGCACUACGAGGUUCUUGUCGUUUUCCCUUUUCUCAACUUCCGCGUCAACAUCGUCUUCAGUUCGGACAAGAACUCCCAAGGAGAACACAUCCCCUUCGCAACAUGCCCAUGAGCUGCUGCACCGCAUGCCGAACUCUACCCGCAACUUUCUACAGUCAAAGUUAAAAGAAGCAAACCAAAGGAGAAGAGCGAUUCUAUCCGUCGAGGCAGAAAGGAGGAAACGCCACCUGCGGAGCCUGCAUAUGCAUUGCAAAUGUGUCUGGGUCUGGAAGGUUGCAACUUGUAACGCUGUCUUUGAAUUCGAAAUCGAAUUCCAAGAAAAUCUGUAUUGCAGGACCAACAACAGGAGUCCAGUUUGUGUAUACGCUGAGAGGGCAUUUGUCAUGCGGAAUAGGCGCGAAGAAGCCCUCUAAAAAUCUGUGAUGCUAGACCAUGCAUUACAGGCAUCGCGGAUCAUACAAAAUAUGCAUGACAAGCCUGGCAAUGUUCCAGACACAGACAUAUUUGCAUUUGAUACUGCAUCUGACAGAGCAAGAGAUCGCUGCGGACGACGCUGUGCACUCACAAAUUGCUGCGUUGAUGAUGGAAAACGACAAUGCAGGAGCUGAUGACGGAGAUGAGACACGGCCGGAUUGUUCCAAGAACAUCAACCCUCCUGAGCAAAUAAACUACGUGAAGAACAGCCACCCGCUCUCACAGUGGCUCACUGUUGCGGAUGACCUGCUCCAGAGGUCCGCUACGCUCACAACCGCAGACGCGGUGCUUGCCCUGCGGUGUUUCUACCACGCCGAAAUCGCGGACUCGAAUCUGGUGCAUGCGCUAGUUGAGGUAUUGGUGGUGAGGCUGAAACAGAGCCUGGAACGAGCGGAAAUGGUCGUGGAAAGAAGUGCUGUAGGUGGUUUAAGAAGUGGGCACGGAAGAGGUACAACAGCGACACCAGGCUCUUAUUCUUUCAUGGAAAUAAUGGUGCCAACAUCAUGUGGAGAUCAGGGCGACACAGAAGAUCCUGAAGAAUUUCUUGCGGGCGUAGCAGCGGAGUUGGAGAAAGUGGCUGCGUUUGCGAGAGAAGUAGGAACAACUCAGACGCUCGGAAGUUGUGCUACGGCAAAUCAGUUGGACUGCGCAAAGGUUGUAACAGAAGAUGAAGGGGCGGCGACUGAACUGACAGACCGGGAUCAUGAAAGCAGCGACAUCAAAGUAGAUCAUCAUGAGAAUGAUUUACCUGAUCACGCAAAAACUAUAUCACCUAGUACCAGACUCGCGAACACGGUGACAGUAACCUUCCUAAGCCCUGCUUGCGCACGUAGACUGCGGCGCACACUAGUAGACUGCGUUAACGCCUUUUUGCGAAUCGCAUUCCGGACGUUGAGACAGAAGCAGGACCGGACUCUUGACAGCGGAGGACGGGGAGCAGCCUUCUCUUCGACGUCGUCCAGGACGAGCGGUGUCAACAUAAACGGCGGCUGCACGACGACAACCCUUCAUCGUUUCACGCUGACAGGUUUUCUGGUUUCGCUUGCGAUCGACGAUCGUCAUUCUUGCAAAGAGUUCUUGUGUACUGAGCGCAGCAAUCUAUCGUCUCUAACGGCCGCCGCACAAAUUCCUGACGGGGAGGUAGGCGCUACUCACGUUGAGGGCCUCCAGACGAAGAAAACACACGCGAGGAUCUUCGAACAAGACCAAACCGAUCGCAAACGCUCGCAAAUCCUCACGGUGCUUUCGACCCAGCACCUGAGCAUCCUCCCUCUCCGUGACCUCCUGAGGCUCCAAGCCCGUGCGGAGCACGAUCCGGAACUGAAGUCGCUGUACGAGGCGUCCUGCUCCCGGGAACGGGCCAUGCUGUCGGCCAUGGGCGUCAGCGAGGUUUUUUCGCUCCUGUGGCAGGAAACAAUAAUGAACCAGCUUGUUCUUUCUGAAGAAGAUAAUUAUUCCGAAGCCGAGAUGAAGGGCGCGACAGGGCGGACUCUAGCUGAAGAGGACCCAGGGCCGUUCGCGCGAAAACUGCGGGCAGUGCUGAAUUACAAGCUAGCGGCGCUGACCGUGGAAGACAUUCGCCGUUUGCCGCAGCGGUUCCAGAUUUUAGAAUUGCUGUUACGAACAAGUGAGGAGAAGAUGCGAACAAGGCAGGGAGCAAGCACAUCAUCUACUUCAGGCUGUAGUACCAGCACAUCUGCACACGGAGCAAUAAACCUUGCACUGUCGCCAGCGGAGUUUGCCUUCGCUCAGAACCUGGCCACCUACGCUCGACAGAACGUUUCCGCCUGCUCCUCCAAGGAUCUGGCGCUGCUCGGAAAAGCAAUGGAGGGGCGAAGCUGCAUACCACUCGCGCAGGCUAUUCGCCUGCAUUUGAUGAACCAGUGCAGGAAGGAAGAACUCAGGUGGACUUCAUCUUCAAAUUCGAGAUCAGGGAGCUCUAUUGCCGCUCCUAUCAAGAAAACACAGUCUUCUGUUUAUUUUCAUUCGCCUUUCAGUACAACUACAACUACACAAGCUGCGUUUGCGUGAUUAGCUUGCUACAAACAAGCCGC